AUGUCCGCGAGGAAGCAGAAGGCCCCCGGCUCGAUGGAGCAGGGGACGCUUCCCCCGGCCCCGCAGAGGUGCUCAUUCCCAGUGGCGUUUGCUCUCUCCCCUCCAGCAUGCCUGCUGUGUCGCCGGGCAGAGGCUGACCCGGCUGUCUGCGGGGCCAAACUGGAGAAGCAAGGGCUCUGUGCCCAUGUGUUUUGCCUGCUUUUUGCCAACGAGCUUUUUCAGCAAGGGGGCAGGGAAGUAGGACUCAUGGGAUUUCUCCCCGAGGAUAUUCGACGUGCAGUCGCGCGGGCAGCGCGGAAGCACUGCUUCGUCUGUGGCGAGAGCGGGGCCGCCAUCUCCUGCUGGCAGAGGAGCUGCGACCGCAGCUUCCAUCUCCCCUGUGCCGCGGAGGGUGGAUGCGUCACCCAGUACGCUCUUCAGUACAGCGCCUUCUGCUGGCAGCACCGCCCAGAGCAGGCAGUGGAGGCGGCUCCGGAGGAGAACACCACCUGCCUCAUCUGCCUGGACCUUGUGGAGGAGAGAAAGUCCUACGGCACCAUGGUGUGCCCAGCGUGCAAACACGCCUGGUUCCACAGGGGCUGCAUCCAGGGACAGGCUCUGUGCGCCGGCAUUUCUUGCUUCCAGUGCCCCCUCUGUAGAGAUAAGGAGCUAUUUCUCUUGGAAAUGCUCACCAUGGGGAUCCGAAUCCCCUCCAGACUGCCAUCGUGGGAGAACAGGCGUGCAUACGCAGCACUAAGUGAGAGGCACAGCCGCUGCGAUGCCAGGGAGUGCCUUUGUCCAGGAGGCAGGGAGCAGGCAGAGGAAGAGGGGCCCUGGCAACUGCUCCUGUGCUGCUCCUGCGCUGCCGAGGGCACCCACAGACGCUGCUCCGACUUGAGGAGCAGCACGGCCAGCUGGGAGUGCGACGCGUGUGCUGGCCUGGGCACCGCCUCCAGUGCCAGCUCGGAGCUCGCCGGCCCCAGCACUGCCAGCCAGGCAGGAUCGGGGCCUUCCCACGGCUCGCCGGCACCCGACGGCAGCAGCCGCGCCAGCCCCCCUGGGCCCGACCGCGUGCGAAACAGCUCCCGCUUGCGACGCCGGGCCCAACAUCCCUACAGCCGGCCCGGAAGACGCCGUGACAGGAGCCGUGCGCCAGCACCAAGUGCCGAGAGCAGCACCCCCAGCCAGGCGGCGCUGGGGCCGUCCCACAGCUCCCCGGCACCCGAGACCAGCAGCCCCAGCACCGCCAGCCAGCUGCCAGCGGGGUCCUCCUGCGGCUCCCCAGCGCUCGAGAGCAGCAGAAGCUCCAGCCCCCCUGGGCCCGUGCGGAUGCGAGACCGCUCCCGCUUGCAACGCCGGGCCCAACAUCCCUACAGCCAGCCCGGACGCCGCCGCGGGACCAGCCGUGCGCCAUCCCCGAGCGCUGGUCCUGAUCCCCCUCCACCCGUACAAUAA